CCAUCCUUCCUGGCUUUCUGCUCUUCUUCCUGUCUGGCCACUUCGCCGCCGGGGGACGGCCGCCGCCUCCGCUUCUCCACCUCCGGCUCCGGUCCUUCCCCUCUCGCCGCUGGGCGGGUGUCCGGCACAGUUGACCUCCCUCCCGCAAAGUCCGCAGAUCAUGUCGAGAGCCUUAGCGCGUCGCCCGGUGCCUCCUUUCCUGAGACUGCGCUCCACCAUUUGCGACGACGGCUACUGGAUGGGUAGAUUGGACCACAAGGACUGGCUCGCCCCAAACGAGGUGCUCAAGAUAUUUGCCAACAUCAGGGACCCUAGCCUGAUAACCAGUGUGUUCAAUAAAGCAUGUAACCGAAGGGACUACAAGCCCAGUGAGGCGCUCUACAGCUUGAUGAUUGACAAGCUGGCCUGCGCCAGGAGGUUCAGUGAUGUAGAGGAGUUGCUGGCCAGGGCAAGGACUGAAAAGUUCAGGUUUUCAGACGACUUCUUCUACAGGCUGAUCAAGAUGUACGGCAAUGUGGCAGAACACCCUCAAAAAGCCAUCGACACGCUCUUUGCGAUGCCUGGGUAUAACUGCUGGCCUUCUACAAAGACAUUCAAUUAUGUUCUUCACAUGCUUGUGUGUAAGCGGCAGUACGAGGUUGUCCAUGAGAUCUACUCGAGUGCGCCCAGGCUUGGGGUGACGUUGGACACAUGCUCCUUCAAUAUUCUUGUCAAGGGUUUGGCCCAAUUUGGUAAAUUUGAUGAGGCAAUCUCUUUGCUGCAUGAGAUGCCAAAGCAGGGAUGCCGGCCUAAUGUGACGACCUACUCAACUUUGAUGCAUUUCCUUUGUCAGCGCUGUCAGGUUGAUAAAGCAUUUGAGCUGUUUGAGAGAAUGCAGAAGCAGGAUAUUGCCGCAGAUACAGUUGUGUACAAUAUUUUGAUCUCUGGUCUCUGCAAGGAGGAAAGAGUGACUGAGGCCUUCAGUCUGUUCAAAUCAAUGACAUCUAAAGGGUGCUAUCCUAAUUCAGGGACUUAUCAGGUACUUCUUGAUGGUCUUAUCAGUUCAGGAAAGUUCGUGGAGGCCAAGAAUCUAGUUAGCAUCAUGAGUAGAGAAGGCGUAAGGCCUAGUUUCCAAUCCUACAAGCUGCUGAUUGAUGGCCUAUGUAGUGAUGACUGCUUAGACGAUGCACACCUUGUCUUGAAGCAAAUGGUGGGCCAAGGUUUUGUUCCUCGAAUGGGCACUUGGAAAAAACUUCUCACAUCCAUGUGCUAAUAUUUUUUUCAUGUUGGCGCUUUUAUUGACCUAAGAAGACAACUAAAGGAGAUCUUCAAAUUUCUCAAGACAUCUGAGUAGAGAACUUCAAGUUUUGCCAGAGGAACUGCAGGAUCAAUAGCUUAGUUUCUGCAACUUUUGCAUAUUGCAGCCAUAUUGGAAAGAAACAGUGAUAUCAGCCAAUCCCAAAUUAGUCUAUUUUUUUUUUCUCAAACAUGCAGGAGAGCUGCGUAUCUUUAUAUUAAGAGAGAAAGAGUGAUCCAAUUACAAAAAAGAUUGAGUAAUGUAAAGAAACUAGUAAAGGGUUGUCACAAAAUCUAACACGCAGGACCGGACAACUAAACCCAAGAAUCCUAAGUUUGGGUUCCUCCCAGCUCGAGGCAGAGGAUAGUAAGCCUUUUAGCCCCAGAAAACUGCCACAGGCUGGCCUCAUCCUUGAAAGCUUGAAUUGCCACUUGCAAAUUUGGGGGAGAUCCAUCAAGCACACAAGUGUUUCUAUGUUUCCAUAGUGUCCAAGCUCCCAGAAUGCAGAAGGAAUUGAAACCCUUUUUAAGCUGUUUUGGAAUCCUCCUCUCAGCUUUCUUCCACCAACCAGCAAAAGAAACUCUCCUUGCAGGUGUCAAACUUUCCAAGGUGAGAGGCUGCAAAAUAGCGCACCAGAGCUGUCUUGCAAAGACACAUGUCGUGAGAAUGUGUUGGACUGUUUCGUCUUCUUGAUCGCAUAGAGGGCACCGCUCAGGAUGAGGCAGACGAUUCCGAAGGGCCAGCCAUAGAAAAGUUUUACAUUUGCCCGGUGCCCAAGUUUUCCAUAGUUUCUUCCACGGUUCGAAGGUGAUUUAUGCUUGAGUGGUGGAGCCUUCUCUUCUUCUCUCGAGAUGUGGUUUGCUUCCAGGCCAACAAUAUGAAGAUGCAUGCCAUGAGUUUUGAUUCGGUCAACUUGCAGCAGGGAAAGAAUGUAGUGAGUAAGGAAGCAGCUGCAUAGCCAGCAAGCAUAGGACAGCACUGUUGUAUCUCUGUUUGACAGAAAAACCCUGUGCUAUGAAGCUGUAGAGGCAGCCAAGGCAAGGCAGGGAAACUUUGAUUUGCCAAGCGUCAGAAUCUAGAUUCUUGUUGGAGUCUGCAUAAUAUUGCUUCUCAAAUUACAGCCGGAGAAAUGGGGACGACAAUUUAGAUGCCCAUAUAUAGAGCAGCAUAUCCUUCAGAAAACAGAACUACUCUGGUUUGAGGGCAGACAUAUGUCUACCUAAUUUGUUUUUUUUUUCUGAACGAAUGUCUACCUAAUUUGUAAUGUUUAUGAGGAAAUUGUGAUAGUCUGGAAGCACCAUCUUAUUAAGUAAUGGCUGACUAAUGUGUACAUAGUACUAGACAAUCAUGUGCACAUGACUUGGAUCGUGAAAGUCGUAUGUGCUUUCAACUAUCUUGUACUGGAAUAGAAGUGUAUUGCACAGGACAUUUAUCAUGGUCGGUACAAUACUUCAUUUCAA